AUGGAGCAAACGAAGGCGCGUGACCAGGAGGAAAUGCAAAUUAAAAUGAUGGAUGAGGCGGAAACAUCCGCUACAAAUUCGCCUGCUUCUCCUGGUGUGUGUCUUUUGCUGAUUUCGCCGCUGUCUACCGAUGACUAUAUUCAAAAUUUCGCCGAAGGUGAUGUUGAUGAAUGCUACCGGAGGCUUUGCUGCAAUAACCCCGCUGCAUUUCGCGGUAGCUGGCAGCUGCUGCUGGGGGGCCGCAGUGACAGCGUAGAGGAGCUGCUGGGGGCCUUAGGAAUAAGUUUGUUGAAGCGGAAAGUAAUGGCUACGUAUGCAAGCGUAACAGAUGUGCAGAUCCUUGAUGAAGGAUUAAAUCAGCAGCAAAAGCAGCAGCAGCAGCAGCAAACUGAAGGAGCAGCAGAAGAAGCAAUAACAACAACAGCAACAAACGCAUGCUGCCCCACCAUCCAACUCACGACUCAUCUACCUCUUAAAAAUACUAAGCAGGGAACAUUCUGCUUUGAUGGCUCUUGCACAGAGCUGCAGGAUACAGACACAGGUGCGUGGCAGUGCCGCUGCGUUUGGCUGAGCGGCCGAGCGCUGCAGCGUCGGUGGAGUCCUCGAGGGGUUAUGAUAGACGCUCGGUGCAUCUUUGCUGAAGAUCCUCUAUCUACAGACAAACAACCCGGCCCUGUUAUGCUCUUUCAGUGGACAUUUCGCCCCCACGGAAAAGCCCCGAUUAAAGCCAUGCGGUGGCUUAAAAAAAUCUAA